AAGUACCUAUACCGUACAGUGUGAAUUUUAUACAACAAAAUAAUAAUAAAUAAAUUAUGUUAUAUAUUACAUAUAUUUUUUGUUAUAAAUAUAAUUUAUAUCACUUAAAAAACUAAAACAUUUUCAUAAUUUACAUAAGAUAGUCACUUACAUUUAUGCUGUGAUCUUUUAUUCGUGCACUGAAAAAUAUACAUAAUUACUAAAAGUUAACAUUUCAAUUCAACCUUAGUAUGAAUGAAAUGAUUACAUUCAAAAAUAUAAAAUGUUGCAUCGUUUGUUACGCGGCCGAUUGACGUUUAGAGUAUAUAUUAUUUUUGCAAUAAUUGCGAUCAUCGUAUGCGGCUAUUUGAUUCCUCAAUAUAAAAUCUAUCCCAUAGCUCCUGUAACAUCGCCCAGCUUAGCCCAUUCUCAUUCAACACGACACUUGUCUAAGCUCGUUACUGUCAUAUUCCGCCAAUUUGAAGACUUUGAAAAUGAUAUCGCGGAAAGUGUACAAUCAUUUGUCUCAGCAUAUCCAAACAUACAGGUAUUGGUGUUGUGUGAGAGAAGACAGUAUCCACCUUUUCAGUUUUCUGCUACAAAUAUAACUCUGCGUAACGUCAAGAUUAUAACACUUGAGUUUAAGCUGGACACAACUCCAAGUGACCUCGACCCACUGUCUUACGUUUCUACGGACUAUGUAUUAUUUGUCCCUGAUGCCUCGCGAGUAUCCCGGCGUGUGUUUCAAUUGAUGGCUGUUACUGCUACCACAUAUCCUACUCAGGCAAUAGCUGUUGGUGUAGGGAACACACGAUUAGUUUGCCAACAACUAAAAUGGGCAUAUAUAGAUUGGACUCUACAUUACAGUAAAGAUUCAUCCAAAAGACUUUGUGAUGCUAUUCAAGGACCACAUGCUUUAAUGAUCAAGACUUCAAUGCUACAAAAUCUACCUAAGCCAUUUGCAUUACCUUUUCCAGAAGCCUUGUAUCUUCAAACUGCCAUACGAAAUAUUAAGGUACAAAUAUUGGACAGUAAAUUUGCUACAGGACGGAGUGUUUUGAAAACAACAGCUUCUAAACAAAAAGCUUCCAAGAGGCAGAGAGAUUAUCGAUUAGCAUUAUACAAGGAGCUUGGAGUGAAGGCUGUUAUGAAAGAAGACGGCAGAGUUCAAUGGUUUGGUUGUAAGAGGGAAAAUCAGCGCUGUUUCCCACCUGUACAAAGAACCCCAUCGUAUGUGUUAGCAGGGCGCAACACACCACCAUGCUGUUUGCGUAAUAUACGGCGAACAGUAAUUCAUGUACUUCGAGCCCUAUUGCAAGCUGGGGCCAGAUGCUGGUUAGAGACAACAUCUUUGUUAGGGGCUGUUAUGCAUGGUGAUUUACUUCCAUGGGUUGAAUAUGCCGAGAUUGGCAUCCAUGCAGCAGAUCUCACCCGAGUUUCCUGGUUGCAACGAGGUGGUGCAGAUAAUGAUGGCUUUGUAUGGGAAAGAGCAACGAAAGGUCAUUACUACAGGGUCGCUUAUUCUGCAACUAAUCGAGUUUACGUUCUUAUUCUGCCUUUUACCUCGAGAAAUGGUACCAUGUGGCCUGCUGAUUGGGUUUUAGCUCAUCAACGUGAAUUUCCUGAGCGACAUUUGCAUCCACUCGCUCAAAUACAGUUUGUCGGUCGUCAUUCACCAGCACCUAACGACGCCCGCGUCUUUUUGGACCUGAAACUUGGCCCUAAUGCUGUUGAGAAAUGCGUUCGGAUUGGACCUAAACUUCUUUAUCCUUAGAUAAUUAAACUAUUGAUAGAAUUAAAAUUUAUUCUCAGUUUAAAUAUUUGAUUGAAUCUUGAAUUUGACUCAAAUUGACAGCAUAAGUUUUAUAAUAUUUUAAUCUAUAUUUAAGCUUUUUUAAAAUAUUUUAAACACAGGUUAUAUGGUAUAUCUGAAGUACAAAAAUUUUAUCUGGGACAAUAUAGCUUAACUGUGUUGUAUAUAACAAUGGAAGCUAUUGUAAUUUAACUAAAUAAUUAACGAAUAUGAGUGAAAAUUGAGCAACUAUUGGCUUUGCCAUAUAUUUAUAUUUGUAAACCAAUUGAGCCAAAAAUAAUACUAAUAAUAGUGUUUGCUUUUAUUUUCUACUUUUAACCUCAGUUUUAAAAAAAAUUAAGUUAAAAAAUAUAUCAACAUAUAUAUAAAAUAACAUGAACCAAAACCAAAUUAUUAUUUUUUGCAUUUAUUUUCUGUGUGAUUUAUUUUACGAAAAAGGCUGUAUC